GUGCAGCGUGCGUGUGUCGAGCGUGUGACGAGUGUGUGUGUGCUCCUGCUGUGCCGGCUGUCAUCGGUUCGAGGAGCUCGAGUUCCCGGCGUCAGCGCGCUAUCUGAAGUUCUGAGCAGCUGCUGGCACGUGUCGAAGCCGAUCCGAAAGACGUCACAGAGGAUGCCGCGUUGUUGGACCCUCCUUGUGGCCCUGGCGCUGGGUUGCAGUGGUCAGAUGCAGCAGCAGCAUGCGCAGAUGCAUCAACAGAUCGGCAUGCACCCCCAACAGGGUGGAGUGCCCCAGAUGCAGGUGCCGCAGAUGCAGAUGGCACAGCAACAGAUGGGGCAGCCGCAGCAAGUUGGCUACCAACAGCAGCAGCUGCCACAGCAGGGGCAGCAGCAGUUUGGUAUGCCACAGCAGCCAGGUUAUGGGGCCCCACAGCAAGGGGUGGUCCCCCAGCAACCAGGCAUGGUCCCCCAGCAGCCAGGCAUGGUCCCCCAGCAGCCGGGCAUGGUGCCCCAAGCGCCAGCAGGCAGCAAUUUGAUGCGUGAGAAGUCGCACGUCCAGGACAGGGCGCACAUCCAGGAGCACCUGAGUGAGAUGCUGGGCCCCAACCAGGACAUGAGCAAGAUGAGCGAGGAGGAGUUGCAGUUCCACUACUUCAAGCUGCACGACAACGAUGAUAACAACAAGCUGGACGGCCUCGAGCUCAUCAAGUCCCUCAUCCACUGGCACGUUGAGGAGAGCAAGCACCUGGCUCAGCAAGGCCAGCAGCAGCCCACACCCCACGGCACCACCAAACUGUUCACCGACGCCGAGCUGCAGUCCAUGAUUGACCCCAUCCUCCAGAUGGACGACCGCAACCGCGACGGCUUCAUCGACUACCCCGAGUUUGUGGCUGCGCAGAAGUCGCGUGGAUUCUAAGCUCACCAGUGUCUUCUCCAACAACAAACUUUUUGAAAGCUGGGCUAUGUCAUAGUGUGCAAAGUGCAAGAUGAGUGUCACAGGAUCGACAGAGCAGUUGGGUGCUCCCCCAUACGUUGCCUAAUUUUUUGUACAGCUCUCGAGCCACGAUUUUCACUUGGAUAUUUCGUGCACCACAAGGUUGUGCACUUGAAUUGACAAAUCUCAUACCGUUUUCUUGCGAAUUUGGGACCAUUUUCUCAAGCUACGAUUCUUAUCCUGAAGUCUCGUGCAUGAUGUCCUUGUGCACUUGACUGGACAAGUCUCGCACUGCUCUAUUGUGAAGGUUGCGUUAGGAGCAGCAGAACUGCAGGAAAAAUGGGGUAACUAGCCAUGGCACGUUUGCCGCCUUUGAAAGCUGCUCACAGUUUGCCACUGUCUGCGAGCCACGGUAACGGCCAAAGCAUGGCACAUGAGAUGAUUGCCACUGUGACCUUCACGGCCGUAUGCGGGUGAACUCUUGCUAGCCAUUCGUGGUGCAUGUUUGUAGAGAACUGUUCAUGCAGUUCUGACUUUCGCACUUCUCAUGAGCACGUACAGUGACCUGCAUUUUUAUCCUAACGACUUUACAAUUGCUGCUGCUUUGUUUCUCCUCGCAAUUCACUACAAAGUGGCAUUUCGUGCUCUCCCAUUGUUUAGUAGAACACUUGGCUUGCCUGCUGUCAGUGCAAAAAAAUUAAAUCACCAUUGUAUUCACGUGUUGGCAUUGUUGCCGCCACGAUAGAGACUGGUUUCACUGCCUCUUCCCGACAACUGACACUCCCGGCAAACAGCAGUGCUGAGUGUUCUAUUGAAUGUUGUGCAGCAAGAAAUGCAGCCUUAUUAGUUAAAAAUUAAAUGAAAACAUGAAAACGGGGCAGCUGCAAGCACAAAAUCUAGGGGUGUGCAAAUAUUAAAUUUUAAAUUUCGAAGCGAAUUCGUAUAAUGAAAACCAAGUGUGAAUCGAAUCGAAUAUUUUUUUAGUAUGAAUACUGUUGCUUUUGCAAAAAUUCAAUUUUUUUUCACCAACCAGAGGUAUGAAAAAAAAGCAAGUUUAUUGCACAGCCAAUAACAUUAUGCUUGGUAGUCAUAAAAAUUAUCUAGUACAACACUUUUGCUGGACGAUAUCAUAACUGCACUUAUUUAAUGUUGUCGUGAAGGAAGGAUAGCUGCUCGACACGUUCUGGGGAGCAGCGACACCCUCCUGCAUGUCGCACUUCUUUCAGACACCGAAAUGAGCUGCUCACUGGACACACUUGUGUCUGGUAUCAGCAACCGAGCCAACAGUGGGCACCUGUGCUUACACCACCAGUCGCAUGGAUCUUCUCUUGGGCCCAAAAUUUCAUCAUGCACAUAUCUUUCAGCCUGUGCUUGUGGCAGUGAAAGUUGCUGCCACAAGUGAGUGAAAAUUGCUUCUGGUUGGCGAGCGUAUCAAAGUCUUUCGGCAGUGCUGACGGGGAAGGUUCCUCUCGGAAUCUUUUGUCGUUGAGGACGUAUCUGUUUAAACUGUCCUUGCUUCUUCCAAAGCCAGGUUUUCAAUCAAGUUUGCCAUUGAAGCAACCUGGUGGUAUUCAAAUACUUUGGAACGAGGGUCUAAAGACAUUGCCCAGCUUGCUACUUGGUCGUAGUUUGGAAAGCGUGUUUUUAGGCACUUAGCCAGCAGACACGGAGGGUUCCACCUGGCUGCACAGUGUAGGUACUCGAGCCGAGAGUGUCGGGUAGCCAUAAGCAACAGCAGAGGCCCCGUGACAGUGACCACUUGUUACUUUUGAUACGCUUAUCUACACGCUUCACUGCAAUACAGUCUAUGCCUCGCCGCAUAAUACAGCUGUAUUGUGGCGAAGCUGACUUUACAAGUGACGACAGCAAUUUUUGGAGGUUCGAAUAUUUGGAAUAGUGUUUUUUGAAUGGAAUACUAAUCGAAUCAAAAUUUGAAGUUUAGAAUAUUGGCACACUGCUAACGAAAUCCUUUCAGAGUUGGAAUAAAAAUGCACAUCAUUGUACUGACACAUGGCAUGCCAUUGAGGCAACUUGCGUCGAUUGUAUGCGUAAUCAAGUAUUGUAAACAUUACCAAGAGAUGGGCAGCAUAACUAUCGUUGCCCUCCACAUGCAGUGUCGUGUAAACCAAUCACCCGAUGUGGUUUGUUCUACUGAAGGCUUAUCAUCCUCUCUCACACCCAGGAAACACAUGUGUGAAUGUUUGGGCUGUACAUGUCACUAGUGACUGAUGUCUCCACUGUUUAAUCCAGUCCCAGACUCUUCCUAGCUCAUGGAAUGAAUGCCGUUUCGAGUAACAUGGAACCACCCUUGCCCUGUGUUACUUCAGCUAUUGUCAGUUUGUUGUAAGCAUCCUUGGCAUUAUACCACUUCCAGAUGUCUAAAUCCAGCAUGUCGGUCAGCACUUUUUUUUUUCUUUUCAUGUUAAUUCACUGAGGGUUGGAGUCAUUUUCUGCCAUGUCCUUGAAUAUUUUCUGCAAUACAAUUAAGACUGCUUAAUGAACUUUUAUUUGUAUCAGCUUGUUGCUCGUAGCAUUCUGUUCAUAAUUACUAAGUAAUGUUUGGUAGAGCAGUGUGACGAUGCUAGAGCCAUGUUGAACACAUUGAAAUCCUUGUGCUUGCUGCAGAUUGGGAGCAGAAUCGGUUUUGCAUUGAAAGGUUUGUGGCGUAAAACCACAGCUGCUUGGACGUUGAAGAGUCACCGUGUUACGUUGCAAGAUCUGUUGACAUGUGCAAUUAAUAGGUGCAUGCUAUUCAACAAGGAACAAUUCUAUACGCAACCACAUGACUCUAUAGUCCUAGAAUAAGCAACACUCAGUGCUUGAAAGAAGAGAUUAUUUGAUGUAGUAGCUACAAACAUAUGACACAAAGUCCCAUUGUACUAGUUUACGAAGCCUUGUUUCAUUCAAAGCUCCAUUCGGAGUGAAGGCAGUGCACUGAAUCGUAGCAUUCUUUUCAACAUCAAAACAGUGAACAUAUUGAAUCAGAUUGCCUUCACUUUCUUCAUAACAACAGGACUCAAACAGCAGUGGCAAGAUGACAACCCAGAAAUCGAGCGCAGUAGAGAAUUCAGUAUAUGCAGGUUUACUUCAGAAAUGGUUGGCAGUGUAUAGUGACCCCAAAUUUAGUAUAGCUUAGCAGUUCGUGAUCAGCGUUAUGUUUUUGACAUGCAUGUGCGAUUGCUGCCGUGGGAGAAUUCUGAUUUUGUUGGGAGAAUAUUCGCUCCUGCCUUUGUCACUGUCUGAAGAGUUUUCUCUUUGUGCUGUAGUGCUCGUACAGGUGUUCUAGCACCACCUGUGGCGACUUUUGGCACAUCUUUUACUUUCCUGUGUUUAUUUCUGUUUGCCGUACUGUUCCUUGAGCACAUGACUACGAGAAGUUUAGGGGUGGCAACAGUGCAGUAUUUUUAUGCCUUACAUCUAUAUAUAGUGGUGGCUUUUGUGGUGUGCAACUUUUGAUGCAUGUGAUCCAUUUUCUUGUCGCAAAUUUCGCCCAGUCACGUGACUUUGGCAAGUGCUUCUACUACAUCACAGUGUAUUAUAGCCGAAUUUCGGGCUGUAAUUUCUUAUCACUUAAAAGUCAUGCCUCUGCUCUCUGUGGUGCGAGUUUGUUGUGACCUGCUUCCUAAACUGAUCAGCAGGUACACAGAACUCGAAAUUGUUAGUACCAGUGAUUUGGUGUGCAGAUCAUUCAAUGUGGAUAUUGUUAAAUAGCAGUUAGCUGAAGUUAGUGGUUAGCAUGAAAGUGUGCAUGGACUAUCAGCCCGAGCUUGGCUAUUGCAGUUCAAGUCUGUGAUUCACCAUUAAUGUGAGUGGUAAUCGUGAAUGAUGCAGCACAUAUUGAAGGGAAUGCACUUGAGCAUUAAUACCUACACUUUAUUGCAUCUGUGUACAUAGUAACUUGUAUGUAUAGUGUCUAUGCUGAUGCAUUUGUAUGGUUACCUUGUGCCCUUACUUGUAAAGAAACAUUUUUUACCAGUGUUUGCAGGUAGUUUUCUCAGGACCCAGCUGAUUUGUGGUGACUCCUUAGCACGUGCACACAAUUUUAUCUAGCCCAUCAAGGGUUGAAGGGCUGCAUUAUCAGCAGUGUGCCGGUUCAAAAUGCAACAACACAUUGUUCAAACAUUGCAGGUCUAUUUUAGAGACCACGUGGACAGGUUCUUAUUCCUAAUGCUUGUCAGCUGUGUGCAUUUCAGUGUCUGCUGGCCUGCUACAAGCCUUUAGCCGGAAUUUUAACACUGAGACUAGCAAAUUUAGUGUCACUUUGAGCGAGCACAGUUUGCUUCACUGAAUGCCAUUUUGAUGUCUAUGUGGUACACAGCAAAACACUGUCAUUUGGAAUUAACUCUUUCCUUACCAUGGGGAAAAUAAGGUUUUUUUUUUUUUUUUUUUUUUUUUUGUAGGUUACGCCAGAUUUAUUUUUUUUUUCUGAAGGAAAUAAUGCACUCAAUAUUUUAUGUAAUACAUAAACAAAAAGCAGAAUGAAUGCACCUUUCACACAUUAAAGUUUUAUUAACGAGAUUUUUGUCAUAAAAGAUAUAUAUAUAAAUUGCCAAAAUCAAGAUUGUGGGAUAAAAUUGAACAAAGCUUGUAAAGACAUGCUUGUGUCUACUAAGAAAAAAAUUUAACGAAAAUUAUGAGGUAUACAAAAUGUGUUGCCAUCUAAUAGGCACUGUCUCAAAAAGAUCAAAAUUUUUCAUUGAAAAAAUGAUGAAAUUGAAACCACAAAAAUGUUAACUGCGAGCAUUACAGUUGGGUGCACCAGGCUGCGGCUGCCGAUGUUUCGGGCUGGUUUGUGUCGUUUUCUCUCCGAGUCAAAGUCCGAUGAAAAAGCAGCAUCCACAGAUGCAGCAGAAUCGCAAAAAUCUGCGAUCUCCCGAAGCACGCGCACUGUUUCCGGAGCCAGAUAAUUUUGCGUUCUGCUUUGAGGAUCGUGAAACUUCGGAGCGCGUUUAAAAAUCACUGCUUCGCGGGAAAAAAAGCAAACUGCGUAGAAAACAGAAAUGUAGUUCUCCUUCACGUCCGAUGGCACAGUGUGUCCAUGAGCGGCGCGGAAGGUCUCGAAAGCGGCAUUUAAAACCAUCGAUAGUGGGUUAACAAUGCCCAAUGGGCGUAGCACGGAAAGAGUCAAUUGCAGUUCGGUGGUACAAAAAUCACUCAAAAUCAUUAUUAUUUGGAAAGGUGUCAUUAGUGUUGCUUUUUUCAUUAUGAAAAAUGUGUCUGAACUGGUGCUGUAAGAAACUGCUGAGUCAUCAACACCAUUGUGUGCAUGGGAAGUUUGUACAUUUCUGUAAUACAUGUACUGCAAAACGCUUUGGCAUACGCUGCUGAAAUUCAGCAUUAGGAAGUGCAAGACAGUUCUUUUUGUUGAUAGGCGUACUAGCACAAAUGUACGAAACUCCUCACUUGCUUGCACUGUUUUGUUUUUUAACUCUUACAAGUGCUACUGUUAAGCUCUGUGAAACACUCAUUAUCUCCACAGCUAGAAUCGCCACUCACUUCUUCAGACUGGAGCACUUAGUCAACACCAUUGCGGAGUGACACACUCUCAAAAAACUGAAUUUGCCCAUCCAAUCUGGAUGUUGGGAAGAGAGCGUUUUGUCCACAUCAGAAUUAUGCUGGCUGUGUAUAUAUAAUUGACAGCUGCAGUGUGAGUGCAGCAGUACAUUCCACAAAUCAUGGAGGUUGUGAUUGAUAAUAGCUGUGUGGUGUCUAGCAAUCCCUCUUUUAUGACACAUUGCAUGUGUGAAUCUCGGAAAGUUUAUAUACGUGCAUUUACUUUUACUGCCAACAACAUUGAUCUGGUCUCAAGUAUCACAUGUGUUCUUUUUCCUUUCUUUUUUUCUAACAGUUUUUAUUUUCGCAGUUGCUCAUGCCAUGUUUGCCUCUUCUUGGUUUAAUUUCUUGUGGAAAUUGUGUCACACUUUUUUGCUUUGGCAUUAUUUUAUCGUACCAACACUGCACGUCUUGUCACUAAAUAGUAAGGUUAUUUUCACAAUACGCAGCCAACGUUGACUGACGGCGUUCAAGCGAACUGGUCACACUAGAGCAGUUAAUGGCUGCAGUUCCUCAAUAACAUGCUUGGCAAUUGAGCUAACCGAUUCCUCAAGCACUAGAGUCAGUGUGGUGGUGUUUGCAUUGCACAAGUGGAAAGCAAGUUGGGGUGAAAAUGCAUUUUCUUUUGGGUUAUGUUGCACUAGCAUGCACUGUGAACUUUAAAGGAUCAAACUAGAAAGUUUGUUUUACGGAUGCUGAUAACUACCCACUACAUUCAAUGCAGAGCUCCAUGUUUCUAGUGAGCUGUGUGUGGAACAUCAUUAAAUGUUUCAUUCUGCCUAAUAAAGCAUGCU